AUGGCUACAGGUUCAACCACAUCAAUGAAAAAUGUCUCUAUAACAACUCUCGAAUAUCUUCUCAAUGAGCACUGUGCCCGUCACAGUGAGGCCGAGCUUCAUGCCUUAGGGAUUGCCGUGGGCACCAAAGCCGCCCUCCGUCUCCUCGAGGGAGGGGCCCCACAAGGGGGCCCCCCACAAGGGGACCCCCCAGUACUGCGCACCCCACUCGAGUGCGUCAAAUUUGUGUGUCGCGACGUGUGGGCGGCACUGGAGGGCCGUGCAAUGGAUUCGCUGCGGACAAACCACGCAGGGACGUUUCUGCUACGCGACGCGGGCGCUCUCUGCUACCGGCGCUGCUGGGCGGGGGCCCCGGAGGAAACGCUGGGCAGCAGCGGACGGUUUCUUGCGUUUUCCGGCGGCGUGCUAGUGGGGGCGCUGGCUGCGACGGGCGUUGCGGCCAAGGUGGAAGUUGCCGGCACUGAGACGGGCGGGGCGGAAUAUACAGUCGAAGUUGCAUAG